UGUACUAAGUGCCUUUUCCCCCGUGCGGUAUAUUUGAUCACAGGCCGCACGGUCACUCUGCCGAAUUUGUUUACGCUUGUUGUUACAGCGCACGGAUUGCAGUUGGACGGACGGCGAAACGAGCAACAACAAGGAAGGCGCGAGCAUAAACAGAUACCAACAUGGCCGGCUUCGUGGCGGUGCACACAGGGGCUGGGAACUGCAUCGACGAGUCCAAGUACCAGCGGGUGAUCAAGGAGGCUUGCAUGCGGGCCACGGACAUCCUGCGCAACGGCGGAUCCGCCAUGGACGCCUGCGAGGCGGCCAUCGUGCGGCUGGAGAACUGCGGCUACACGAACGCCGGCUACGGCUCCAAUCUCUGCAUGGAUGGAUCCGUCCAGUGCGACGCAGCCAUUAUGGACGGCUCCACGCUGAACUUUGGCGCCUGCACCAAUGUCAGCCGGGUGAAGAACCCCAUCCAGUUGGCCAGACGCAUCUGCGAUGCCCAGUCCAGUCCACAGCUCCUGGAGCGCAUUCCACCCAUGAUCCUCGCCGGCAGCGGAGCAGAGCGCUAUGCCGACGAGGUGGGCUGCUCCAUGGUGGAGCCCGGCGUGCUGAUCUCAUCGAAGGCCAAGUUCCAGUUCAAUCACUACAAGAACAAAUACGACCUGGUGGUCAGCAGCCGGCUGGGCAGCAAGGCGGCCUCCGAGGAGCCGGUGCCGGCGGUUCCAGAGCCUGGGAACGAGGUGGAACUCGGCGCCGCCCUGGACACCGUGGGUGCGGUGUGUGUGGAUGGGGCGGGCAACACGGCAGCUGGCUGCAGCUCUGGCGGAAUACUCCUCAAGGUUCCGGGGCGAGUGGGUCAGGCGGCAACCUAUGGAGCCGGCUGCUGGGCCACCGAUACGGAUGAACUGGCCAUAGCCACCUGCACAACCGGAAACGGUGAGUACCUGAUGAAGACGCUGCUGGCCCGGGAGAUUUGCGAUGGAGCCUUCAGCAGCGACUGCGCGGUCACGAGUCUGCACAAGACAUUCAAGUUGAAGUUCCUGGACUCUCCGCUGCUGCCGCGUCAGCAGGAUCUCUACGCCGGAGCCCUGACCCUGCUCUACUAUCCCGGCCAGAGCAGCGGCGAGGUGAUGUGGAGCCACACGACGCAGUCGUUCUGUGUCGGCUACAUGGCAACCAACCAGAGGGUGCCAAAGUUUGUGCAUUCACCGCUGCCCACGUACAGCGUCCCGGGACGAUCGUGCGUCGUCAAUGGCCAUAAUUUCCAUUUGCGCAUUUAAAUGUGGGCUGGCCAACUAGCUCCUCGUCCUGCUCUGCAAUCUGCAUCUGCAAUUCAUUUGAUUUAAUGUUUAAUUGCCGCGACAAUCGCUGCCAAUGACAUAUGGCAGAAGAAGGAGAAGCUGGGGGCAGAAUUAUGUAUAUGCUGAUAUUCUCUCGGCGAAAUAUUAAGAUAAUUAAGCGAAAAACUUUUAUUGUAAAUUCUCGUAGAUCGUAAUGUGUGUGCAGUACUCUAGUAGUAGGCAAUGAAAUAGGAUUUCGAAUAUUGUUCUCCUCGUCGAACCGGGUGCGCUAGAUAAAUCAGACGGCGGCAGGCGAGUCGGUUCGGAAUAUCAUAUUCGAGUGGGCAUAUGUUUGUAUCCGUUUGUAUAUUUAGACGCGCCGACUUGUGUGCGCAUCUGUGUGUUUAUGUCCAAGUGUUUACGGCCAUCAAUGUACAGAACUAAACCCAUUAAUUUCAGCUAAACAGAAGCCACAGCAUGCACACACAAUAUCAAGGUCCAUGGUAUCGCGAGUUGUCCUCAUAGUUGUGGAAAUGCUUUUACUUUUAGCGUAAACCGAUUUGUACAUAUAAUACACAUAUGACGCGAGCUGUUUCAAACGCAA